AUGUCCAACUCGCAAUUGGAAGACACGCUGGACUCACGAUCAACGCGCAGUCUGAAUAUUGCUGCUCGCGUGAACGCUGUCUGCCCCCAUAAAGAUCGCUGCCUUCUCCAAAACCUUGGCCCAGAGAGCGGCAUUCAGUACGCUCACGUAGUUCCUAGAGCUCUUGCCCAAGAUGAUGAACUUAUGAACAAGCUGGAGUGGUACUGGGGAAUGGCACGCCGCACAAUUGAUUUGGACACCUGUUACAAUAUGUUUCCAUGCGGUGCCCAGUUUCACAUUUCACACGAUGCACUCAGAUGGGGCCUGUUGCCUUCCGACGAUAUAGUAGCGCAAUAUCACGAUUCCCUUACCAGAGUCCACUCCGAGUUUUAUGCUGAGCGAACUAAUUUCCCAAAUAUUCCUGAUGGCAAUUUCUCCUAUCGAUUUCUUCCUCUCCGUGAUAUGGAGCUCGUCCCUAUCAUUCGCCUGCGCAUGCCCACACCGGGAAACUCCCUGGGACCCUCUGAUACUGUCACGCACUACUUCCCUUUCGACACAAUGCCCAUCUUGACCUCCCACAUUCACCCCAAGUUCGCCAUCUUCGAGCUUGGACGUCAAAUUGCAGCCUUCCCCAUGGAUGUAAAGAUCAAGCUUAUUAACACUACCCCAAUUCUAUGCUCUAUUCUCGACAUAUUUAGGGCCUGGAGUGAGAGUCCUCCGGCUGGAUUUCUGGCAGACACAGCGUUCAACCCACAUCCUGACGACGACGACGACGAAGAUGAGGACUGCAGUGAUGCUGGGACCAUUCCACAACGAGAAUUAGCUCCCCUAAAAAAGUCACCCCAACCCGGUAAGACUGGGGUCCGCACCCUCCGCGUACUACGCGACCGUGUUGGCCUCCGCGAUCGCACCCUGCGUGUGAAGGAGUGGGUUGACAAGACGCAGCUGGCACUCAAGACUCAUCCCUCGCCCCCUUCUUCGCUCCAACUUUCCGACAGUCCUUUACAGUCUCGCAACACCGACAUCACGGCUACAUCACCAUGUCUGGCAAAUGACUAUCCUGCGGGUUUGGGGAGCAAUGUCCCAGUUGAUUUGCCCGACGCUGAGGUAUUGUUUGAGAUUGGACAGAAACGACUCCUGGACGGGGAGGACCCUGCUUCCAAGAAGCAAAAGACGUUAGUGGACGAAGGCGUUCCAGCUAACUGCAAAAUCGUAGACACCCCAAAAAAUAAGUGA